AAAAAAAAAAAAAAGGGGAAAAAAAAGCUUCCGCCACAAGGAAAGGAACUCUUGGGCUUCCGUUCCGUAUUUACUCGCUAACUAUUUUAGCCUCUUCUAGGAUUUGGGGUUUCUUUAACCUCUCCAUUUCUUCUUUCAUUUGCUGUUAUUUUUCUUCUCAUAAGCAAUGGAAUCAAAUCUCGUCAUCAAGGUUAUGUACGGCGAUACUCUAAGGCGUUUCAAUGCUUCGAUUGUUGAUGGUGGACGCCUGGAUCUUAAUAUUGAUGGACUGAGGGAAAUAAUUAUUGGGCUCUUUAAUUUUCCUUCUGAUACUCAACUUAGUAUGACAUAUAUUGAUGAAGAUGGGGAUAUUGUUACCCUCGUUGAUGAUGAUGAUUUGUGUGAUGUGAUGAGGCAACGCCUUAAAUUCUUGAGGAUUAAUGUGCAGUCCAAUAAGGGAAAGCUCGACAAACCUCACGCUAGAACAAGUGGUGGUUCUACUCCCUUAAGAUCCCCAUCUGUUCAGCCUCCAUUGCCAACCUUUAAUAGUGAUGCUACUGAUGUAGUGAAUUCUGUUCCGAUGCAUAUUCGUGAUGCGCUAAAUGAAGUUUUCUCAAAGCUUUCAGUUGAAGUUGCUUCAAAAGCUGCAUCUGCUAGUCCAUUGUUGGGUGAUCUGGUGGAAUCCUUGUCGAAGGUGGGACAAUCCUAUCUGAGUCCUGCUUCCCAAUCUGGAGUUGUUGCUGAUUCAACCAAGCCUGUUGGAUCUCCUGAUAGCCCUGCUGCACCAUCUGCUCCAACAUGUCCGGAUGGUAAUUUACGAACAUCUUUAUCAAAAGUUACAGCUGUUGAUUCAAGUUCCAAGGCUAGAAAGGAAUCCAACACUGGAAAUGCAUCAAGGGAUGUGGAUGGUACUGUUAUUUCUGGUCCAGUUGCCGUUGAUUUGAAUACUAAUCCUCAUGCUGCUAACCUUACUAGAUAUUCUACCUUGUCAUCUGGACCAUCUACAUCGAACAUUUUUACUCAUACUGAUAAGAAAAACAUAAAGAAGAACAAUCGUCGUAUCAAGGGGAAGAGCAUUAGCAUUGACACAUCAACUCCUUUCCUUGAUACUGCAAGGAGACAUUAUCCUUCAAAUGAAUGCCCCUUCAGUGGAGUGCCUGUACCAAAUGACGCCAAUGUGCCUCCAUAUUCAUACAAUCCCUUUAGUCCAAGUAAAAGUAGCUUUGCUUCGACUGAUGGAAAUGGUAUGUUUAAUACAUUCCACAAGGGAAUUCAAUGUGAUGGUUGUGGGGUUCUUCCCAUCACUGGACCUCGGUUCAAGUCCAAAGUGAAAGACAAUUAUGACCUCUGCAGCAUCUGCUUUUCUAAAAUGGGAAAGGAAUCUGAGUACAUGAGAAUGGACAAACCUCAACAUUACCGGCAUCCAUGGUGGUUUAGGGCAUCAAAUAAUCACUUUCAAGGGGUUGGUCCAGAACUCCCGCGUGUCUUGAGGAAUCGUGUACUAAAGUUAGCUUGGCCCAGACUUGAAAGUCACUUUGUCUUCGAUGUCAAUGUACUUGAUGGGACUGUAAUGGCUCCAUCUACACCAUUUACAAAGAUCUGGCGGAUGCACAACAAUGGUACUCUGCCUUGGUAUCGUGGGAUGCAACUUGUAUGGAUUGGGGGAGACAAGUUAACAGAUGCAAUCUCAGUUGAUUUAGAGAUUCCUGCUGAGGGUGUGCCUCUUGAUGGGGAACUGGAUAUUGCUGUUGAUUUUACUGCACCGGAGGUUCCUGGUCGAUAUGUUUCUUACUGGAGGAUGGCAUCUGAAUCUGGCAUGAAGUUUGGACAACGUGUUUGGGUUCUCAUCCAGGUUGAUGCUUCCCUGAAGGGUUCAGUUGAUGAUAACCUUCAUGGUUUGAACUUGAAUUUGCCUCCUGAAACCAGUGUCCCAAAAGAUACUGAGAUCGUGGAUAUGAAUGUUGAUCUUAUCACAGAGCCUUGGAACUCUAAUGCAACCCAUGUGCCGGUAAGUUCCAUGGGUGGUGAACAGUCAACAAAGGAACAGCUAGUGAACAACAGUGAUGUCCCACACCCUGUUCCCCCAUCUUCAGUUGUUACUUAUCCCUUAAUUGAUGAUGGAGAUGUUGUAGUAUCUGUUUCCCUACCACCUACACUAUCUUUAUCCGAGGAGUAUCCCAUCAGUGACAAAGGCGUCUCAGCCCCUGCUGUUCCACAAACAUCAUCUUCAUCUGUGUUUUAUCCCCAAAUCGAUUUCUCAGAAGCUGCUCCUGUAGGACCCUAUCAAGUGCCACUCUCAAUCAGCAAACAAGCAGCUACUCAAGAGGAGAGUGAAAACACUGUUGAGCAGACUCUACUUAAGGAACUUGAAGACAUGGGAUUCAAGCAGGCUGAUUUGAACAAGGAUAUUUUGAGGAGGAAUGAAUACGAUCUGGAGAAAUCUGUUGAUGAUCUUUGUGGGGUGUCUGAAUGGGAUCCGAUCCUCGAGGAGCUGCAGGAAAUGGGUUUCUGUGAUGCAGAAGUAAACAAGAAACUGCUGAAGAAGAACAAUGGAAGCAUCAAGGGAGUUGUUAUGGAUCUUCUAACUGGAGAAGGUGCUUAAAUUAUUAUGGAUGGGGGCCUCUUGGUUUCUUGGCUUUUUAUUAUAUAUAAAUAAAUCAAGUGUGUAUCGAAAUCUUGUCAAUGUGAACUGCUGCUUUUAGUUUUUA